CGAAGCGCCGCUCAUGAUAUAAAUAUUUAUUUACGCUUGCCGCCGUAUCCCCUCCACAUGCCGUAAAAUGCCGUAAACGGGCUAGCUUAGCUAGCUAGAAGCUAGAAAUGGCAUCACUGCGCUGAUCACUGCUCCACACUGCUCGUAUUUCGCAACGUUCGCGACAAGACAACGGUGAUCAUGGUGAGCGCGAGCAGUGUCGUGGCGCAUCUCGUAAAAUUGCUGGUGACUGCAAUGUGUAUGGGACAUCUCGCUGAGCCCUACCGGGUGAAAGCCCUGCCGAUCACGUGGUCCUUGCGUGCCUUUCGAAUCCUCUUCAUGCACUCGAUUUUGGGAAUCUUCAGAUUUGGAGUGCCAUUUACUUCAUCAUCGACACCUACAGCAAGAUGCUUCCGAAGUUUUUACGAUUGGUUUUCCAGUGUCAUUGAAAUUGUUCCUUUGGCAUUGCUGACAUCUGGUAUAUUAAGCGCAUAUCAGAUUGAUGAAAACAUUCGUACGUUAUUAUUGUUUCUUGGUACAAUACCAGUAUUUUUUCCAUUAGCGAUAAAACAGAAGGAAAGCCAAAUCAGGAAACUGCGUUUCUUGACUAAUAUUACUGUCGUGCUGCAGAUUUUAGCGAUAAUGAUACUCGGCUUAAAAAAUGGCAAUUACAAUGUCAUUAGUUUAGUUGUUUCCUAUACUUUUGAACGGUUUUUUGUGGAAGAAUUUUGUUAUCGAUACAGUAUUCCGUAUACCGAUCUGAUGCAGUAUUGCAUAUGCUUUGUGGAAGUUUUUACGGUAUCAACGCUGAAGGAAUUAUAAAAAAAAUAGGAGAUUUUAAUUUACCUGUUUGCCUGUCAUCUAUUUAAGGCAACUGUUAUACAAAAUUUAAGGCUCUUGAUUAGAUGUUGCGGCCACAUUGUCUUAAACGUGAAGUGAAAAUAUACAGCUUAUUUUCACUUCAUAUGUCAUUUACUGACAACUACUUAUUGACUGUCAAAGAGAGAUAAGGAUAACUCUGGUCUAUUUUUACAAAUACUUUAAAAUCAUCACAUUAUUUUGUUUCAUCUAAAUUCUCUUUACAAAUGGUAUGCAAAAAAUUCGACAUAUCAUUUCUCGCUUAUGACGUCACAUUUCAAUAUGACCGCGGCACCGGAAUCAGAAGGCUUAACAAAUUAUAUUUGAUUAUAUUUGAUACAAAGAAUGUCAAUUUUUAAGAUAUAAUAUAAAAAAUCUACGCCUUUUGUUAUAAUAUUAAUCUUGCAACAAUUGUUCGAUAAUAGCUGACACUAUAAUAUACAUAUAACAUUGAUUUUGCUAUCAAUUUAUAAAUUAACAAGUCUUAAUAAUGUUUAGGGGAGAGUGGUGUAAAUCGGACCGUGUUUCAAAUAGGACCUUUUUAAUUUAAAUGAAUACGAUUAAGCAGAUUUGCAUAC